AUUCUGUUGGUUUUCAGGGAUGAACAACAUCCUGAAAUAUCUGCAGGUAGUCUAGUUAGAGACAAACUCUAACUGCCCCACUCUUCCCUACUGUUGCUGUGAGAAGUAAAAAGGGGAGGAGCUGUAACUAUAACCCCGCCCCUUCUCUUAUUACGGCAGCACCUCUCCGUAUAAAAUCCCGACCAACGGCUGCUUGUGAGAAGAACCAGCGUCGAUCUCCUCUCGGACCUUGGAGGGUCACACUUACCCGAAACUUCUUUUCAAAUGGGCCCCGUCGCCUAGCGUUUCCUCCCCCCAGCCUCGCCGACCGAGUUGAAUCCCAAACAUCCAGCCCGCCUGGGUCCCUAAAAGGUAAAAAAGAGGGUGACCUAAAAUGGAGGGGGUUGUUGUUGUUUUUCUCUGUGGUGGUCUCCUAACGACUGAGGGGGCGAGCUAACGAUGCUAACAGGCUAGCUUCAGAGAGCUGCUGUGAGUCUGUCUUUGUUUUGGUUCAACACAGCAGACGGAGAAAUGUCAGAUAUAUGUCACUUAUUUUGUCCAUAAGUGUGUGUUCUUAUCAUGUUAACGGUCGUUUAGUGAGGAGCGUCAACACUAAAAAACGGUUAUUGUCAUUUCAAGUGUCAAUAAUCAUGAUGUUGUUAAAAACAGAAUGUUCUCGAUACAAAAUCACCAACUCUGUCGUUUUUUAAGCUUUAUUUCUCCUAGUCUAAUCCGUCUUUAUUCACAUUCAUCAUCUCUAUAACAAACAAAUAACAAAUGUGUAAUUUUCCCGUGAAAACACGAAGCUGUAAUCCGUCAAAAUGUCGGAGUUCUGCAGAGACUGUGGAUGUAAACAGGUUUCUGCAGAGAAGGAUGAGAUUCUGCUGCAAUGGAUGGAUGUGGACCUGCUGCACCACAGUCUGCUGCUGCAGGAAAACACACAACAAAAUACACAAAAAUACACAACUAAACUAAAGAUCUGCCGUUUUAAUUCAAUUUUGUUUUUAUAUUUUAAUCUGCAUUAUGAGAUUUUACCCUGUUUUAGUCCUAGACUUAUUAUUCUGCGUUUUAUUACCUGUUAUUGUUUGAUUUAAAGACAGUUUUAUUUAAUCCACUUUUAACGCUUUAUCACCUUUUUAUUAUAUUUUAAAUCAGUCUUUAUUUCUAUGUGUUUUACACAGAAAAAAGAAACAAUGAAAACCCAAAUCUACCUUCUUUUCCACCCCACGAUCUAAACACAUCAGAUAUAGAAUUAAAAUGCAUAAACUAAACAUAAAUUUAAUGGAAACUGGCUCUAAAGAAACGUCAUUUUAAAACUCAAAAUAAGGAAACACUGGAGGUUAAAAUCUAAAAACAAAGAAACAUAGACUGAAAUUUAUGAAAUAAUAGAUAAAGUGAAUAAAAACAACAAUAAAAGAAACUAAAAUAAGAACACCAAAAUAGCUCAAUAAAAAUGUUUUCAUUUUGCUUUUACAAUCAAUAAAAAAGUGAAAGUAGAUCAGACAGAUAAGAAGAGCCAAAGCCAUUAAGAGCUUUAAAAACCAAUAAAACAACCUUAAACUCUGUUCUAAGAGAGACGGGCAGCCACUGCAUUUUAUCACGGUUUUAUUGUUUUAGUCCUUGAUCCAGUAUUUCCUUAUCCAUUUUAACUCGAGAUAGUGUUUCAGUCAUCUGUGGGAAGUUCAAGGGUCCUCACCUGUUUUUUUUAUUUGUGUGUGUGUGUGUGUAUCUGUGUGUGUGAGUGCUGAAUGGGGGUUGGGAGGGUGGGUGGGGUUUGGUGUUUGUAUUUUUAUCUAUUUUAUUUCAUAGUUUCUUCAUAAUCCUGCUUGAAUGGACAGUACUUUGAUUGAUUGAUCGAUUGAUUGAAGUAUUCACAGUGAAUUGUGUAGUUUGAACCAUUUGGUUUGAUCAGAUUGAUUGCAUUGAAUGAACAAGAUAGAGGGAAGGAGAGAGAGAAUGAGUAAGGGAGGGGGAGAGAAUAGAGAACAAGGGUGAGCGAGAGAGAGAGACGGGGACAACAACAACAUCAACAGCUCAUGUCAUGGUGACAAAUUGUUGUUGUCUUGUCUUGAUGUUUGUAUUUUCCUCUCAUUGUAAUUUCUCUACAUUUAAAAUGAUUAAUUAAUCUAUUGCUGAGAUGCUUGAAGGUCGUGAACCAUCUCUGUUGAAAAUAAAUACUUUAAGACUUAAACAGUCAGUGUUUGUCUGCUGUUUUUAUCUCAGGUUACAGACAGAAUCAUUAAUCAAUCAGUAAAACAAUCAAUCAAAUACAGAAGUUGACUUAAGGUGGAGUCAGAUGACACAAUGACAACAGAGAUGUAAAAUAAUAGAAUAGUAAUAUGAGUGAUUAACCUAUUUGUUAAGCAUAUAUUACAGUUAUUCACAGUAUGAAAUGUAUUGCAAUAUUAAAAAUUAAAGGUGUAUUUAUACUCAGGCUUCAGCGUGUUUGUACACCUGACUCCUCUGUUGUGAUUGGCUGUUCUCAGCGGUACAUUGUGUGGUUUUUAGAGCCUGUAAAUCAGAGUUUGGAGGACUGAAUAACCCUCCAAGACAAACAAAAGCGACUUAAAUGGAAACAACCUCGAGCUGCUUUCAUAAUGUCUGGCGUGAACCCAUCUGUGCGAGGAAUCCUGCAGCGCUGAUGUGAGUCAUGAGGUCUGGAUCUGAUCAGAGCGUCUCUUCUCUCCAGGUUUCCAUCAAGCACAGCGAACAGAGACCAACAACAGGAGAAUGGCGGCCAUUCCAGCAGGCGGCUCUCUGGUGGCGACCACUGACUACUACCGAAGUGAGUCUCCCUCUCCUUCCUGUUCCUCCUGUUAGGUCACACGGUGUUACUCCGUUGAAUUUACAGUUUACUCACACCGGAUUAUUCAUCACUAAGAGCCUCGAGUGUGAAUGUAAUGACUCACUGUGGCAUCUUUCCUGAGGGGUAGAUGAGUAGUGUGUGUGUGUGGGCUUUACUUAGGAUGUGAGAGUUUAGGUUUGUUGUGAGUCAUUUCUUCUACUCUAACAUUAUUUCAUGGUCAUGUUGCAUCACCUCAAAGUUAGCCAAUCAUGGCAGGAUGUAGAAACAGAAUUACAGCACCCCUAGACGAGUCAAACAGGUGUUUUUUUCUUCAUCUUCCACUCUUUAAGUUGAUGAAUAUUCUUAUUUUGAGGAUUUCCGUUUGUUUCAUUCAUCAGAGCAGCUGUGAAAUGUCCAAAAAAGAGAGAGAUGAUUAAUUUUGAGUUUGUUUAUUCCAGAUGAAGCAGCUGCAGGGAUGUUAAUUUUCACAACUAAUGGACUUUAUCUCUCUGCUCUAUCUUAUGGUGAAGUUACAUCAUGUUAGACAACAGCAGAGUUAUUUUGAGCGGGUCUGGAGGGGCUGAAACGACAGGUGACUCUGUCCACAGAAAUCCCCUCACUGCGUUUCUUCUUUGAAUCAAAAACACCAAAAAUUAAAAAUCCCGUCUUGAGCUUUUCUCGUCUCUCAUCUUGAGUCAGUUAUCCAGCUGCACCUGUCCGAGUGAAUCAAAUCCGAGGCGUGUAUCACAGAUCCGGACUCGCCCCUCAGGCUGACGUUACAUAACCAACAGAAAAUGGAUUUCCAUUUUCAGUGUCCCCCUGAACGCCCGAACCGUCCUGCUCACGACAGGGAAGAGUUAGAUAUUACGCAAGAUCAUGAAGCUUUUCCUCUGGGUCAGAGUUUUGCAUGAAAUUCCUCUAAAAAUAACCUGCUGCACCCCUCUGCCUGUUACAUUUGGCCUCUCAGAUUAAAUCAACAUUGUCUCUGUUUGUCGUCUCCUCCUGCAGGGCGCAUCGGCUCCACCUCCAGCAGCAGCUCUUGCGGCAGUUCGGAGUACAGCGGAGAGGUCAUCCCUCACCAUCCAGGUGUGUGUUCGAAUCAAAACACAGAAAACAACUACUGUACUGUACUGUGGUAUAAAGUUAAAGUUAAUCUUUCAAACCUAUUUCAUUAAAGUCCAAAUAUCAGCUUUUUAGUUCAUGAGAAAGAUAAACCGGUCUCCUUCCAGAGGAUUUCCUCAGUUUGUCCUCACUGAGCCUCCGUCUAAGAUCCUUUUAACUCUCUAAAUAAAGAGCGAGUAUUUGUAAGGCUGCGGUUUUUGGACUGAACGUGGUGUUCUGCUCAAGAGGAGCAACAUCCUGUUUCUGUCUCAGAUCCAGAUGUUUCAGCACUGAUUCAUGUGUUUCACCGAGAACCGUUCUAUUUCGACAUGUCCUGUGUGGGCGCCGCUGUCUCUCGGUUGUCACGGCGCUCAUUGAUCUGGUUAUAUCACAGGCACAGCUUCAGUUUCACUAACCUCUCUGCUUUGAUGUGGUGAAGUAAAACAACAGCGUUACCAUGAAUGAGUCAUCCUGAUACACAGAGAGGGUUUCUGGUCUGAUCUCGCUCAGAAUGAACAUCAAAAUCAUCCCGAUCUCGACACAUGUGCGUUCAGCCCCUCAAAAUAAACCCCCAGCAGCACCAGAUCAUAUCUGCUGACUUCCCCCAGUAAUCCCAGCUCAGCCUUAUGUGGAAACCAUCUGGGUUAGCGGCUCAGUGCUGGCUCAGGUCUGAGUCCGUGUGCCUCUUAUAACCACUGGGUCAGCUUUUUGAAAUGGUGUCAGGGUGCAAAAUUGCACACACACUUAACAACUCACACAGUUGAACCGCAGGUGAAAUAUAAACGUAUCGUCUUUAUUUCCCAGGAGACAAAUUUGUUAGUUUCAGGGAGUCAAGUCUGUUUUCAGAGACACUUUUGUUGGUUUAAAAUACCGUAAACUUUUCCUCUGGAUGGGAACAGCCCUCCAAAAUAUAACUAGCUCAUCUCAAACCUGCAUCUACUGCAGAGCAACAGAGAAACAGGAAUGUGGUGCAAAAUAGUGUGUUUACAGUUUUUUCAACGACAUAUGCAGUUAAUUAAGUCGCUAACAAUCCUGACAGCAAAUCUAAGUGAAUCACGGGUCUUUCCCUCAUGAUGAAUCACAUUUUUAACUCGACUUUUACUUGUAUGUGUCAGCCUCAGUAAAGUCCCUGUCUGAACAGUCCAAUCCUGGUGUUAGUUCGACCACAGAGACGGCAGCACUGUUGUUGUUGUUCUGAACGAUCUGUUCUUCUUUACCUCAUUUGAAUAGUAGAGAAUUACAACAUCUAAAAUGAUCAUAUUUUUGUAUCAAAUAAACUCUGUCGACCGAGAUUUGUCUGCUCAGAUACAUACUGCAGUGUGUCUCUAACUAGCUUGACCCCGAAGCUAAGAAUAGCACAUAGCCGUUGUACUGUAAGUAUAACUGAGUGUAACUUAUUGCAGCUGCUCACACACACACACACACACACACACACACACACACACACACACACACACUCAGAGUCAGUCUGACUGUUCUGUUCUGCAGCUCAGUGCCUGAUGAAACACACACAGCCCACAUUUAUCACAGUGGUCAGUACAGCGUGUGACAUUCAGUCUGGUGUCCCGCCUCAGAGACUACAGCUGCUGCUACUUCUGAUGGUGCGUCCACCCUUAAAAGAAUAACUUCAAUCCUGGAGCAUAAACGUAUCAAACCUCUGAUGUUCUCCUCUGCUGCUGAGGGAGGUUUUAAACGUGAUGUGAUAAGCUGUUCAAUCCAGAGAGAAAAAUAACCGAGUGUUGACUCCAUAUCAGCUUCAAAGUCUCAUCCCUCUUUUCUUUUCUUUAGGCCUCCCCAAGCAGGACUCUGGCCACUGGUGGUCCAGUUUCUUCUUUGGGAAGCAGCCAGGGAUGACCCCACUGACUGAGGAGGCACACCAGAAGUAAGUAAAAACACACACACACGUGUUGCAGUGCUGUUCUACUUUCCCUAAGAGGUUUCAGGUCAGCCACAUAUUAACUAAAUCAGCCACCUGACAGUUUGUAAAGCACUGGUAUAAAAUAAACAAACUGAAUUCAUGGUUCUGAGGUGGCCUCCUAAAACCUGAAUGAAACCUGCUCACCCUGGAGCAUUUACCUUGAAUAUUUACUAUCUUUUAAAGUUUGCUCAGACCUCGGGUGACUCCACUGCUGCUGAGUUUUCUCAGCUUACUUUAGCUGAAACUUAUCACACACCCUUUUCUCGAGGAAGAAGGUGUUUGUUAAGUUCCUCUUGUAGAUAAGAAGCAAAACUAAUAUGUACCAGAAGAAUCCAUGUUUAGAAAGCUGAAAUCCAUGCUUAAUGCAUGUACUGCCAACAGGUGACUGUAGUAGGUAUCUAAUUGGCUGAUUCGACCGUAUUUGUGUUUUUAGUUUGAUAAGCUCAAAAUAAAGUAAAUGGCUGUUUUUGUUAUAUUAUACUGACCAGUGUAAGAGGGUUUCCAUAGAAAUGGUCUGAAUUUAAAUGGGGUUGGAAUCUGUCCUGAUUUGACUCGUCCCUGUUCUACUGAAUCAUCUCUUACCUGUUUGACACCCGUACACGCCCUUUCUGCAAACUGCCAUGACUAAUUCCUUCCCCAUCACUGUCUUUGUCUCUCUCAGAGUGGGGGUCCCAGGUGCAGUGACCAACGGUCAGAUCACCUGCGUUGCCAGGGAGAUGGUGAUGCAGCGCCAGGUGAGUGAGAGCAGCGAAGCAGGAAGCCCCACCUCCUCCUGAUCAGCAGCCUCAUUCUGACACCGCACCUAUGGGGGAAUCAAACCAACGACCAACGCUAGGUGACGGGAGGACAUCCCGUUUACAACCUUACUAGUUUCUUUUUUUUUUUUUACUAUAACUCUUCGUAGUGUAGGCUGCCUUACUUGUUUUUGUUUUGGUAACCUUGUUUUUUUAUUGACAACCGAGAAAAAAAAAAUAAAAAAGAAGAGAAAAAGACGACGAUGAAACUGAUAAGCUCCUUUCUUUGUGUUUUUAUAAACAUUUGUACUGUUCUGUGUUUGUACAUCUGUGGUGAGCAGAUACACUGUGGUGCACACACAUCCACAUGCCUUUGUUAAACAUUUUACACUUUGGUCACCCUGUGAUUGCAAAUGCAAUAAAAGUAGACUCUUGCAGCCUAACA